CCACAGGUCAAGCGAACCAAAAUUCCACGGCAUGGGAGACGAUGAUCUUCGAAUGACCUUCGCGACUUUAGGAGGACACGAAACUCCUCGGAUCGAAAUGGCCGCCGCCGUCGGAGCCACUCAUCUCCGACCCAACGGCCUCGUCUCUCUCAUCUCCGCCUGCUUCGUUGUGGCCUCCUCCUGCGCUUCCCUUCAUCCCGACGCGCGUCUCCUCGGCGUUCACCCACUGGAUGAGAAAUUUUAUGCAGCGGAGGUGAUCAAAUGCAGGGACGGCUCCAAAUCCUUCACGAAAGACCAUCUGAACGACGAUUUUUGCGACUGCAUCGACGGAACGGACGAGCCAGGAACUUCAGCUUGUCCGGCAGCGAAGUUUUAUUGCAGAAAUGUGGGUAGUACACCCAAGUUUAUUUAUUCUUCUCGAGUAAAUGAUUAUUUUUGUGAUUGCUGUGAUGGAAGUGAUGAGUACGAUGGAAGGCUCAAAUGUCCCAAUACGUGCAUCAUGGGAGGAAAUGUCGAGUAUAAAGCUGAAAACUAUGCAGCAAAGACUACCAUUUUGGGCGUUGGCAAUAAAGAACCCAAAAAUGGAACGAACUUAGAUGAAAUGAUCCAAAAAACUCAAAGGAUUGAAGAUUGUGAUUGGAGUUCAGGUGCUUAUUGUCAUUUGCCUGUUGAUUUUCCGAGCUUUACGUCGGCGUAACAGACAAAGAAGAAAACGUGCACGUUUUGCUAUAUAAUCAUCAACGCCAGUGAGGUUUCCCCUUUGACCAUAUAAAUUUGGAUUCCUAGUGUGGCAUUUGUGCCUCCCAUUAUAUGACUGCCGAAUUGCCAAACCUCACCUGAGUUGUUAAGCAAGUUGGACCAGGUCCUGCACUAGACGACAUCAGACUGAUGGUUGGUUCAAUGACAGUCAAAUGCAAAGAAGGCUUUUGUAUUUUUAGAUGUUUCAUAUAGGAACCCCGACAUGGUGGUCAUGAUGUGAAAUUGACGCAUAAUUAUUUCUAGGAGACAGGACUACAAGGUGAGGAAACUCACAUGGAAAAUACUUAGUUUUACUCUAACAAUCCGGCGAGGUGAUAAGGCUAAAAUGUGAGGAUGGCUUAGUUGUUCAGUCAUUAAUGAAGACAUUGCUGUUAUGAUCCUGGUGUUCCAAAGCUUGGCCCCAAGAGAAGGUAUCCCUUUUUGGAACACAUGUGGUGGUUGAGAAGUGGCUGAGGUAUGAGGCCACGAUGAACAGAGUUGCUUUGCUGCUGUCACCAUCUGGUCGUUUUUUCUGCAACACCAACACUCUGCCAUAAGACACUUCUUGGGUUAAGUUGGAGCUGUGGUUUGGUAGAUGGAGUGGCAGUUGUUGAUACCACAUUGUAUACAAAGAAAUAUGCUCGUUUUCAUGUAUACCAAUCGAAAGAUAGAUUCUUCACCGUUCAUUGUCAAGUUCUUCAGUAAAUUAUGUGAAAUGCAAACUUGAAGCUAUGCAUUGAUGGUGGUACGGACUGUUUCGUCUUGAGUUGGAGAGAAAGAAUGGCUGUUAGAGGUGCC